AUGAGAGACUCAACAUUAGAAGAAGAGGAAGAGGUCUUUGAGGAGCAGGAAGACCUCGUCGAUCAACUGCCGAAUUUCGGCGAGAAAGACGUCGGCAAAUUCAAUUUCGGAAUGAAGAUACUUUUCGGCGUGAGUCUCAUCACGUGCACUGGCUAUUUCGUCAAACAUCUCAUGCUCGUGAUCUAUGGGAUCAAGGCCAGAAAACUCGCCAAGAAAAAGAACGACAUUUUUGACGAUGAGGUGCAAAAAUUCCUCUAUUUGCACAGGCACUCGCAAAGCCACCUUGAACAGUUUAGACGAGUGGAAGCUGUCACUAAGCUUGUUCCACAGGCGAUUCUGCAAUUCUACGUCAUUUGGUUCACAAUCGACACGGGCAACCGAGAACUAAUGAAGCAGCUUGACUGCAUGACAAAGACCUGGGUGCUCGUCGGCCUCUCUGUUCUCAAGUUUUCAGUCGACUCUGCGCAGAAUGUCCGAGCUUUUCCAAUCGACGAGGUCAAAGUUUUCGACAGAGGACAGGUCACGGAAUUUCUCGACUACUACACGGACAAAAAAGUGCCCGGAAAAAUGCCUAUCGGACUCCUUUAUUACGCUACUUCUAUCACCUCCAGAUGCAUCCUUAUCGCUAUUACUGUAUAUUACUUACCAAUUGGCAUGCUCAUCAUGUUGGGAGUGGUUCAUUUGGCACUGGUGGCGCUUCCGUGUUUUGUCAUUGGAAGCUACUACUCCUCGCUUGGAAAAACCAGAGUUUACUGGGCGAAUCAAGAAAAGGACAAAAUGCCGCUUGUGAUGCUUCACGGUUGGGGAACUGGCUCUGGUUGUUUCUUUCGAAAUGUUGCUCACGUGAAUGCUCCUGUAAUGCUUGUCGACUUGCCUGGAUUUGGCCACUCGGAAAGAAAAGAUUUUGGAACAGAGGACCCGUUGAAGAUCGAAAGUCUCUGGUCUGAAGCGCUGACGGAAGUGAUUCAAAAAGAAGUAAAAGAAGAUUUCUGGCUGGCAGGGCAUUCUUUCGGCGGUUAUUUGUCGGCCAAAUUGUGCAUGGAUGGAGUACUGAAACCGCAGGGCUUGAUUCUUCUCGAUCCUUGGGGAUUCGCAGUAGACGACGGCGAGCUCCAGAAAAAGCUUGACUCUAUGCCCUGGGCAAGAAGGACAGUGAUUAAAACUACGUUUGGUAUUUUCAAGGCGCUCAAAUGGGAAAGUGGUUUGGAAAUGUUCCGGGCCUUCCCGAAGAGCAUCGGAAUGCCGCUUAUGAGAAGAGCAAGGAAUGAUCUGAGGGCUGUUUACGGCGAUGAAUUCUUUGAGUACACGUAUGAGAUAAACAGCAUGGGAAAGGAUUGA